AACGGGCGACGAUUUUUGAGCGGGAAGUAGCAGGAAGCUUAUUGCCGUGAUUCCACGGAAAACGCAGGCUCGUCGCAUCGAGUAACAUCCGCGACUCUGGCUUCCAAGCGCCUGCUUAAGCGCCCAAAGAACCCAAGUAACCUUACGCAAGCAAUCGUGACAUCCGCGCAUCGGUCCAGCUACUUAUAUUGCAGGUCUUCGAACAGCCCGUGUGCGGCCACACUCGCUUGCGUUCCCAAUGGACUUCGCUACUGUGCUGCGCGGGAUCUUCCCCGACCCUCAAUAUAUCCCAAAAGUCUUGGCGAUGAUGUUUGAAGAUCGACGCCGCCAACUGUACUCCUCUCCCCCGUCAGUAUCGCGAGUCGCGGGUUGCAGCAAUCCAAAAUGCGUAGGCCAACACAGUACAACGAUCAAAGUGUGCUCGAAGUGCAAACUGGUCAAGUAUUGCUCGAGGCCGUGUCAAGUGGCUCAUUGGCCGACGCAUAAAGUGGACUGCAAUAAUCCGUAUAACGAAACGACUUGGCAGCCCGGGUGGCUGAACGACCGACGCGUACCAGCCUGGGUCACUGCAGGACCAUCGCAUUCUUUAUUCGGGAGCACAGGCCAAUAUCUCUGGGGCAAUGUGCCCGCCAUUGACUGUAUGGGCGCGGUUAUGCAGGAGGGGGCCGCCGUCUCCUGUCGAGAUUUGAAUAUUUGCUUUGCUGCCUCCGGAGAUAUUCGCAACCUCGUCAGCACCGUCAAUGGCCUUCCGGACGACUACUCGGGGACAUGCCGUAUUCUCAUCAACGAUAGCAGCCCAUGCGUCACCACCCGCAACCUCCUCAUUCUUUACGCAUUGCUUCGUGCAGGCCGCCCAAUCGAAGACGCUGCCGAGUCAGCUCUGCACCUCUGGUACUCCGCCAUUCUACGCCCUAGCGACGCAGCGGAGAUGUACCUUUGCGCACAGCGUAUCUACGGGGAUAUCCAAUUGCAAGCCGACAACUUUGAGAUACAGAGCGUCUACGAUCUGCGCGGCGACGGGAAGCUUUACGCCAAACAGCCACUCGAUGACAUGGUCUCUAUCCGUAUGCUCAUAUCUACGCACGGCGCCGAAGAGGCCUUGGCCAGUAUGCACGACACCAUGCUUCAUCCCUCGCGUAUCGACUACCGCGACCGCUUCUUGGCCUCCCUACAGCCUUCCCAUAGAACCGCAUGGGCAAGGAACAAGAGAAUCGGUGUCCUAGCGUCCUUCGCAGACGAUACAAGUGACUUCACCGAGCCUAAUCGAACAAUGUUCUCCCCGGACGGGCAGUGGAUGACGCUGGAUAGCGCUGAUCAACUCCAUGGCUGGCCUGUCCAAGACGUCCUCUUGUCCGGCCAGCGCAGCGGCCUUGCCCCGGCAGAUGUCUACGGCUGCCUCUGUGUCCACGUCCGCGGCCAACUGAUUGAGUUCGCGCGGCGCAUGGAACGCUUCCGCAUCGACAUUCACGUGAGCCAGGCCGACGCCAGGGACCUCGCGGUCGAUAUUGUGCUCAACGCCUACGCGCCUCACUUUACGCCAGGUUGCUUCGAUCGCAUCGAGACGUCCAACGUCGCAGAUUACAUAGGCCUCGCUCGCGUCAUCGACGACUGGGGCCCACUACUGAGUCGCCAGAAUCAGGAUGCCUCUCUGCUUGCGUACACUAUGAACUGGCAUGUGCAGCGGACUGACGUCCCGGCCACGGACCAUUGCAUGGCAUCGAGCGAGGGUGCCAGGGAUGUACAAUUCGCGAGAACGGCCCGCGCUAUGGGCAUCGAUCUGGACCACAUCAUGACUAGGCAAGUCAUGUCAAUCAUGUCGGGCGGGCUCAUACUCCCGGAGGUGACGCUCUUCACGGAAAAUAUGGCCGCCUUCUGUGAUACAUCCACGGCAUUCGAACGAUGGCUCGACAAGCAAGGGGUGAAGCAAAUCUCGGAGAAAAGAGGCCUACGUAUGCGGCAGAGGAACCGUAUCCAUCCAAAGAGGUUUGGUGCCAAGUUGGACGCUGGACCGAAUGAUGUGCCGGAAAUGACCGAGGACACCUUCUACAACCUCUACAACCUAGGCGGCGCGUAUGCACCUGUUCGUUUCUUGGAGUUCGAAGCUUGUCGGGAUUGAGGUUGAGGCAAGUUAGAAUGCUUGCCUUAUAGCGCGUAUAUGUUCCCAACUCGGGGUUGUGAUGGAUAAUCCCGAGUGAAAUUUUGUUACUGGCUCUGUCUCAAGGCUCGAAUACUAGGAUUGACCUUGCUCAGAAUCCCGUCGCAAAUUGU